ACUGAUCUGUGCCUAAUUGUUUAUUGUAUGAUUUACGUAAAGAAUCCGGAUUUAAAAAAUAAAUACUUAUUUUAGACUUCUAUAAAAUGUGUAGAAAUAUUAAAAAUGCGUGAGUGUAAUUUUAUGAAAAACCGCAAAAAUGUCUACACAGCACACUUACAAAACACCGAAUAAACAUGGUCCCAUGAAAGCUAUUAUUCCUAUUACGGACGUCUUAAAACCGAGUAGUGGAUUCAAAGAUGGAAUAAGUUGUACCAAUUCGCCCCCUUUGCCGUGGAAAGCAGGACCAUCGUCCUACAAUGCUUCAGGACAAAGAAGUCCCGGAUCAGCUUGUUACAAAGGUAAAUCGAAAUGCUAUGAUAAUGGUUUAAGUGACUCUAUAAGAAGGACUGCAUCUUUAGACACCAUAUAUUUAAAAGGUCAGUGGCCUAGGGACAACUUCUAUUGGCACACUGGCACUUUACAAAUUGAUAAAGCAACACAGACUGACGAAAAUGAAUGGUCCGAUAAAAGGAAAGUGCAUAACAUAUCGGACUUGGAGGCCAAAAUUCAUGUCAGGUCGAAAAUAUGGGGAAACAAAGAAACCAAUAGACAUAUCUCUCCUAGCGAAAACAUGUUACACUCCAGUUCCCAAACUCUAACUUCUUGUAUUUUGUCACCUACACCAGAAGGAAGUUCAGUAUUAUUACCAUUAAGACCUUUACCGAAAUCCUCAAUACGUAACUCGGUUGAAGGUUUAAAUCAGGAAAUUGAAAGGAUAGUUUUAAAGACUGGCUGUGGAUCACAUCAGGACGACAGGUUUGAUAUAAGGCAGGCAACACCCGAAGGCCAUAAAGCACCAUUGUCAGAGUUGUUGAGGAGUAACAGAACUCAUUCGGUAAACACACAAACUCCGCAGGGACUGGGAAGUUCCAGUAACUCUUCAGGAAGUCAAGGAUCUAGCCCGGACGGUGAGACAACCAGAUUCGGCACGUCUCCACAGAUUAAUAAAUUUUUAGCGCGCGAGCCACCCGACGGUUGUGAAAAGGUUCUUCUUAAGUCCGUCGAAGGGAAAAAGUGUAUUCAGUUAGCGCUCACCCCUCCCCCGAGCACUUUUAAACUUAGACCCAGUUUAGGAUCAGCUUUUCACACACUCAAGCCCAAAUUAAGUCCUGGACUAGAACAGGCGUCUCCCGAAGAAGAUUGCGACUGAAAUCCUGUGUUGCCGUAUCUUUUAUUUGUAAUUACAAAUGUUUGAUGAAAUUUUCCUACCGACUUUAUUUGGUUACUUAUUACUUUAUACAUUACUACUUAUACAUGUGGCUCAAAAACAUUUUGUUUGGUUUUAACUUUGUCCUGCUAUACAUUUUUAGUGGAGAAAACUAAAACAAAAUAACUUUUGCAAUGGUAGAAAAUAUAGGAACCAAGACAUUUAUAAAAAAGUUUAUGAAGAAAUGUUUAAAAACGUAAAAAACACAAUAGUGGACCACCAGAUAAAAACAAAUGAAAAAUUGUAUAAGCAUUUAUGUACAACGCUCUUAUGGGCUCCAGAUUGGUUCCCCACAACUCAAUAUGAAGCAAUUUGUAAAUGGCAGUUUUCUUUUCCACUGGCGUGGGUUCAACUACUCAGUUUUCAUUCCAAUAUUUUCAAACCAAUUUUCAUCUGUGUACUCAGUAUUCCUUGGUUUUACCCAAUAUCUUUUCUUUUUUUCUACCUUGUUUUCUGCAUUCUAUAGGCCUAGCAUAGAUAACACAGUUUUAUGCAAUUUUAUUUGCCCAUCAGAAGCAUAUGAGUGACAUGUAUACGUAGUAAAUGUUUCGGUGAUGGUUGACGGUAUUAACGUUCAAGAUUUGAUGCAAUAAUAACUAAAAACGAUUGUUAUGUACAUUUUUGUACGUCGCGAAGAAAAAAGUGCCUUUAUUAUCAACAAAUGUCUUUGGACUAGAGAAAUUGUGUUUGGUGUAAAGCAAAUAUACAUUACCUAAAGGUAUACUCGAAAUUUAUUAAUAAAUAACCGGCGGAAUAGUGUCAUAUAUUUCUACGUUUCUGAUCCACUUAUUUACUUAUUUGGAUCUUUCUAUCUCGAACACUAACUCUGGUAAAGACUUAGGGUCUAUAACUAAAGUGGCAAAGAGAAAUUGCAGGAAAUUAAGUUUGUCUGAUGUCCACUAGGGGCGCGAUUGCAUUCUUGAAUUCUAAACCCAGUUUUUCGAGAAAUAAUCCUUUAUUGCAGAUAACUAUGGACGAGAUAAAUUCGGUUCUUUUUUGUGGAAUGGUUUUUGCUCUACCUCUCGAGGGAAAGUGGUUGGAGGUGUCCCAGAGCAUUUUUAACAGAUAAAAAUGCGUAUUUUUAAGAGGUACAGUGUGCAACGUUUUUAAAAAAAAUUUUGGUAUGUAAAAUUGGCACUCUAUAUCUCGAAAACGAAACAAUUUAGGAAACGCGCUUAUGUGCAAAAAGAUACUGGAUAAUAAAUAUACACUCAAAAUCUUUAUACUGGAGUUGUUGGUUCUCUCGAAGGCGGACACAGUUUUGAAGAUUUUCCAUUACAAUUUCAAAAGACUAAAAGUUCUGCAACUAAAAUUGUGUUAGAAUUCAGGUUCAACAUUUUACAAAAUAUAUUAGUAUUAGCAGUAGCUGUAUUAAUUACAUCUUACAAUAAAAAGAAAUAGCUUACCACAAAAUUUAAUACAUAUGUUAUCUAUAAUUUAAU